CGGACGGGACGCGCGAAUCGUCCGCUGCUUCUGUUGCCCUGAAGUUGACGAUGACGCGUGGUUACGUCGCGGUAAUGAAAUAGCGAACACUGUUGGUGAGGAGACACGUUGGUGGCAGUGAAACGCGAAUGUGGGAAUGUCGGAGCGACGUGGUGAUUAAGAUCCACCGAGAUGGAGUAGACUUUGCCUAUGCGUGAAACAUAAAUACACCCGUGACGAAGCAGCGUCUUGAGAACAUCCAGGUCGGUGCUCGGUCUCUUCCUUGUUGCCGAGUCGAGAGAACAGGAAAUAAAAAUGGAGGAAAAACGUAGCAGUAGAGAUACAACAGAGGAAGAGGAACUAGAAGACACUGAAAAUAUAAUAAUUAACGAAGUGGAUGGCUUACCCAACUUACAUCCAAAUUAUGAACAGUUAGAGUUAAAAUUUAAGAGAGAAAAGGAUGGCACAAAUAUUAGAUCGAUUGACGAGUUAGUUCACGACGAAGAUUUACCAACUUCUGUAAUCGUAACGAACGUAGAUCCUCGAGUUUUUAAAGAUGACGAUUUGAAGUCGGACAUAGAAAAUCUUUUCAAACAGUUUGGGGAAGAUACUACGUUUCAAUACUUUAGAUCUUUCAGAAGAAUGAGGGUAAAUUAUAGUUCCCCCAGUGCCGCAGCAAAUGCAAGGAUACAGUUGCAUCAAUCGCAUUUUGGAGAAACUGAUAUUAAUUGUUACUUUGCACAACCAGUAACACCAAUAGAUAUGGAAGAUCAACAUCUUCAACCACCCGCGCUUACCAAACAAUUCCUCAUAUCUCCUCCUGCUUCUCCGCCAGUCGGUUGGGAGCCACGUGAAGAAGGAGAGCCGCUCGUUAAUUACGAUUUAUUAACCGCUAUAGCCAAUUUAUCUGCAGGCGACACACACGAGAUACAUCCAGGAGGCUCAGGGCAGCCAGGUAUAGUUGUGCAUGUUUGCGAAAAUGCGAAUCCAACGAAAAAUGCGCCUCGUAUUCAACACACGCGAUGUCCGGAACACUAAUUUCCCCCCUUUAUUCGCAUUUUAGAUUUGUCAUAUGAUACGUUUUUAUCCCUAUUAAAAAGACAGAUACGAGCUAGCAAAAGGAGACAUAUACUUCUAGCGAGCGAUUUUAAAUUAGUAUUAUAUUGAAGAAUUACAAUUCAAAACUAAUUGCGUGGUUGGUAUCCAGUUGACGAAAGUAUUAUGUUGUGAAAAAAAUUACAGCUCGAUACAGUAGACGACAUGGUGUCUGGUAUCUAGCUUCCCGGAUAGCAGUGAUAUAUGAAUAUUAACGAGAAAUAUCCGUCGUUAUAUAUCGAUCAAGAUGUAGAAUUCAUUUGUGUUUAUCCAUUGAGAAUUCCUGAAGAGUAUGCUUGCGCUCCAUUUCUUAAAAUCUACAUAUAGUGAAGAUUCGAGAAAUUUCAAGGCCUAUAUUGUUUCAUGUUUCACUCAGUGUCAAUAAUUGCAUAUCGUGAGAAAUUACGUCCGAUCUGAUUAAGCUAACGAUUACUGUGUCGACGACAAAAAUCGUUCGAAAUAUAUUCAGAGAUUUUGCAAUUCUACCUCUCAUUGUCAGUGUGUUACUUGUAUUCUUAAACAGCACGUAAUGCAUUACAAUCUUGUUGUAAAUCCACAAAUGAUACUAAUGUUAGA